CUUUCCAGUUUCCAUGAGAUUUCUCCGACAUAUUCUACUUGCACAUAAAGCUUGGAUUGAAGACUGUUUAGUUACACAAACACACACCACAACCACGUGGUCAAAUCAAAGCGCAGAAUAUUGCGGGCGGGAAAGCCCCUCGUAGAUCAGUUUAAAACCGGCCUGAGGUCCGUCUCUUUUCAGACAUCCUCAGACAGUGGAAACUAGUGGAUAGGGCUACUGUUCAUUAUCAGCUGCAAAGUGAAUGUAUUUUAAUGCAAGUUCAGGGUGCGGCAACAUUUUAUUUAUAUAUUUAAUCUUACCUUUGAGCAUAAGAGAAAGGGAGUGUUUUAUAAAACGAGAAAUUAAAUUGUAAUGGGUUCGGUGCUUUUUUUUUGCAAUAUUAGUUUAUCUAUAAAGUACUGAAGGACAUUUAAAGUGCUUACAUUGGUGCCGAAAAUGCACAUGAACUCCAUUUUAUUUUCUGCUGUAAUAAUGGCAGCAGUGUCACUGAUUUUGACCACUGCAGCUGCUGCUGACCCGAGGGAUUUCUGUUUCUGGACUAAAGUCACGUCGAACGGUGAGACCCAUCUUAGCUUCCUCCGACACCACAGAGAAACUCACCACCCCUCAUCCCUCCAUCUCUACCACAGUGUGUGGUCCGUGGAGAAUAGACUGGUCAACUGCGCAGUGAUUGACGACACGGCCGUUACAGACAGCUACAUGUCUGUGUGUCGGGAGAAGAGCACCACAGGAGAGUUCUCUGACCGUCCUUGUGAACGUUUUGAUGUCAGUGCGCAGUCUGAACUAGAAAGCCACUGCGCUCCUGUUAGCUCUCCAACGGUCACCCAGCGCGAAGCUGUUGGAGAUGCCUCUGAGGAACAUACAGAGACAAGGAGUAAGAGGCACGCACGGAGCGUUAUUGAUGAUAUAGCGUUCCAGAAUCCUCUUGGAGACGGUGGUGACAGUUCCAGGGAUGUGACUCAAGCCCACCGGCGCGUAAAACGUGGCCUCAUCGUGCCGGGAACGCUUUGGUGCGGCUCAGGGAACAAGGCGGCGACCUAUGACGAUUUAGGUGUGUUUGCGGAGACAGAUAGUUGCUGCAGGGAGCAUGACCAAUGUCAGGACACCAUCCUGUCGUUCGAGACCAACUAUGGAGUUUUCAACAAAAACAUUUUCACCCUGUCCCACUGCCACUGUGAUAACAGGUUUCGCCGGUGUUUGCUGGGGGCUGAGGACAGUAUUUCAGACACAGUGGGAUACGUCUUCUUCAACCUGCUGAAGAUGCACUGCUUUGAGUUCUCCCACAGACUACAGUGCUCUCAAAGGAACUGGUUUGGCAUGUGUCAACAGUAUGAGAUGUCUCUGUAUGCUGUGGUCCAUCCUCCCACCUUCUACAACUCCACCCAGCCAGACCCUGACUUACAGGAGGAUGAAAUGGCUGUCAAUACCACCACUACCAUCUCCACCCCCACUUCCACCUCCCCCUCCAACUCUACCACCUCCACCUCUUUCUCUUCCACCUCCUCCUCCAGCUCCAUCUCCACCUCCUCCACUUCCACCUCCAUCUCCAACUCCAUCUCCACCUCCUCUUCCUCCUCCUCAUCCACCUCCAACUCCACCACCUCCUCCACCUCCUCCGCCACUUCCCCUUCCAACUCUACCACCUCCUCCACCUCCAUCUCCACCUCCUCCACUUCCAACUCCACCACCUCCUCCACCUCCAUCUCCACCUCCAUCUCCUCUUCCUCCUCCUCCUCCUCAUCCACCUCCAACUCCACCACCUCCUCCACCUCCAUCUCCACCUCCUCUACCUCCAUCUCCACCUCUCCCUCCACCUCCUCCACCUCUUCCUCCACCUUCUCUACCUCCAUCUCCACCUCUCCCUCCACCACUUCGACCUCUCCCACCACCUUUCCCUACAUUGCCACUUCCACCUCUCCCUCAUCCUCCUCCUCCUCCACCCCCACCACUCCUUCCAGUGCUGCCCCAGCAGACCUUACCACAGGGGGUCAGAGUGGAACACCAGCCUCUGGCUCGCCUGUCAUCCACCCUUACCCUGGAGAGGACAAUAUGGCUACCAAUACUUCCCCCACCUCCACCACUGGCACUGCUACUGCUAUAGGGACCCAGAGUAGCACCUCGGGCCCAGCAUCGGCUUUGGCCUCACCAGCUGAACCCACCCACCAUAAUGGCCUGACUCUGCCUAAGUCUUACCAGGACGCAGCAAGCCCAGGGAAGCAGCAUGUGUAUGUGUGUGAUGUAUACAGAGACCUGGAUGACUGCAGGUUUAAGAUCCCUCCUCACCAGAAGAGAUACAGCCUCCUCAACCCAGAACCCAGGACCCUCUUCCACUGCAACUGUACCAGCAGACUGUCUGAGGUUCUGGUUCAGCAGAAGGAGAAAUCUGGGGUUCAGACUAUCCUGUUGAAGUACAUCUCUCUGUCCUGUUUCACAUUACAGCCACAGGUCUGCACACAGCGGACAAGCUGCUCGGCUUCUCUGGUCAAACCCUCUCCUGCUCAGCUGGAGCAGCAGAAGAACAAUGGUGGAGACAUGGAGGAGUGGCGCCAUCUACAGGCCGCUGGCCACAACGGCAGGAGGCCCAAAUCUAGAUGGGCCAAACGCAGACUACACAAACUCUGCCUCAGGAUGACCAGGAAGCACAGUCAAUGUGCUUUAGUAGAAGAUGCAGUGCCAAUGUGAUGUAAUGUUGCCUGAUCUAUUUAGCCAUCCCCUUUCCUCCCCCAUGGGAUUUAGAUACUAUUUAUUUUUGUAAUUUACAUUUUAGUCAUUGUAAAUCCAUAUUUAUCCAGAGCUGCUUAUAGUUAGUGCAUUCACUUUAAGAUAGCUAGUUGAGACAUCCACAUCAGCAAACUCAGUGCAAGUAGGAAAAAAGACAAGUGCAAGUUUUUGUUGUUACUGGGGGGGGGGUAGGACAUAUACUAAUAACAUCUACUAAUAGCAGUUGUAAAUAAUGAUAUGUGUAUCAGGGCCUUACUGCUGUAAAAGAAAAACGAUGUUUCAAGUCCUGAAUGUAAAUAUCUAAGCUACUGUACUAUAGUGUAAAAUACUUUUUUUUAAACUACUGUCUAUGCUCAGCAUUUUUUUAAUACUUUAUCUGACUGCAAAUUGUACAUAUAAGUUACUUGUAUAGAAAAACAAACAAUGUUUGCAUAUAAUGUUUUUAUUCAUUAUUUGUCUACUCUGUAAUAAUCCAGGCCACAUAUCACAACCUGCGGUGAUUGGGAGUGCCAUAGAGCGGCGCACAAAAGUGCCAUAGAGCGGCGCACAAAAGUGCCAUAGAGCGGCGCACAAAAGUGCCAUAGAGCGGCGCAUAAUUGGCCCAGCGUCGUUCAAGUUUGGCCGGUGUAGGCCGUCAUUGUAAAUACGAAUUUGUGCUUAACUGACUUGCCUAGUUAAAUAAAGGUUCAAUUAAAUCAUUAAAAAAAUAAAAAAUAAACACCUUGACAUAG